UGACUAACUCACUGACAGCGAGUGACAUGACCGGGGACAAGAUGACAACAGAGAGGAUACUGACCCACACCCUGCAGAUCAUGUACCUGCUGACAGGGGAGGUGCCUAUAAAGUGUGAGGAUGUUGCUGUGUAUUUCUCUAUGGAGGAGUGGGAGUAUAUAGAGGGACACAAGGAGCUUUACAAGGACGUCAUGAUGGAGACUCACCAAGCACUAAGGACUAUGGAGAUCCCAGGAAAUGAGAGCUCAGAACUAACAGGUCACAGAGAUGAAAAUCUAGACACAGGAGCACAAGGAGAACUUGUACAGAAUAUUCAGCCAUCAGAUGUCUCUGCAAGUGAAAAGUAUGCUAAAAUUUCAUGUAACAUGGAACAAACAGAAGAUCAGUGGCAAAGAAAUAUGGCAGAAGCUGCAGAGCAGGAAAUAUGUGACAAUAUAAGUACAGAGGAAUUCACGAACUGCAAUAAUCAUGAUCAGACUGCAGAUGCUUCUUUACAUCUUCUUCAAAAUCAAAGAAGCCACGUGGGAAAUUUAUGUUCUGAAUGUGGGAAAUGUUUUCUUAAGAAAUCACAUCUUCUUAAACAUCUAAAAAUUCAUACAGGAAAAACAUUUUCCUGUCCUAUAUGUGGGAAAUGUUUUAACUGUAAAAAGAGUAUUGUUGCUCAUCAGAAAAUUCAUACAGGAGAAAAAGAAUUUUCAUGUUCUGAUUGUGGGAAAUGCUUUACUCAGAAAUCAAAUCUUAUUCGUCAUCAGAAAAUUCAUAUAGGGAAGAAAGGAUUUUCAUGUUCUGACUGUGAAAAAUGUUUUACUCUGAAACUAACUCUUAUUAGGCAUCAGAAAAUUCAUAAAGGGGAGAACAGAUUUUCAUGUUCUGACUGUGAGAAAUGUUUUACUCAGAAAUCAAAUCUUAUUACACAUCAGAAAAUUCAUACAGGGGAGAAAGGAUUUUCAUGUUCUGACUGUGGGAAAUGUUUUACUCUUAAAUCAAAUCUCAUUAUGCAUCAGAAAAUUCAUACAGGGGAGAAAGGAUUUUCAUGUUCUGACUGUGGGAAAUGUUUUAAUCAGAAAUCAAAUCUUAUUAUGCAUCAGAAAAUUCAUACAGGGGAGAAAGCAUUUUCAUGUUCUGACUGUGGGAAAUGUUUUACUCUGAAAUCAAAUCUUAUUAUGCAUCAGAAAAGUCAUACAGGAGAAAAAGCAUUUUCAUGUUCUGACUGUGGAAAAUGUUUUACUCGGAAAUCAAAUCUAAUUAUGCAUCAGAAAAUUCAUUCAGGAGAAAGGGCAUUUUCAUGUUCUGACUGUGGAAAAUGUUUUACUCGGAAAUCAACUCUUCUUAUGCAUCAGAAAAUUCAUACAGGAGAAAAAUCAUUUUCAUGUUCUGACUGUGGAAAAUGUUUUACUCGGAAAUCAAAUCUUAUUAUGCAUCAGAAAAUUCAUACAGCAGAAAAAGGCAAUUUCAUGUUCUGACUGUGGAAAAUGUUUUAGCCUGAAAACAAAUCUUUAUUACAUAUCAAAAAAUUCAUACAAAACAUUACAGCAAUGAAUAAACAGCAUCUUGCUAUAUAAUUAAAAACUAAUAUAUAUUUCAUUAUGAAUAACCUUUGGAUUAUAAUGUAUAUUGAAUAGCAACUAUCUUUAGAUGGAUUUUUCCUCCAGAAAGCAUUUAAAAAAAUAAAUCCUAUUUAAAUUUUUA